CAUUCGCCAUUGAUACUGUCAUCUGAUUCCAAGUCCUUACAUGACGAUAGCCUGUCAAUUGGGGAUGAGACUGAUGCUGAAGGAUCAUCUCUGGAGAUCAGCAAGUGUAAGAGUAAGAAUAAGAGUAAGAGCAGGAGCACUGGUCUUGGCAAAAGCCGUUAUAAGUCUUCACCUAGAAAGACAUUAGAAGUAGCUGCUGUUGAAAUAGAAGGUUGUACUACGUCAUCUAGAAGAAAGAAAUCAGAGAAGCAAAAUGCAGAAGGAGACAUAGAGGAAAGGAAGAUUAGCAUUGAUUCAAACAAUGACAUGCAUGUCGAGCAUAAAGAAUCUGUUUAUCCAAUUUUGAGUCUAUCAUCGGAUUCUGAGUCGUGCCUUGAUCAUAGCCCCAAAAAAGAAAUUCGUAACAAUCAGGUGGAAGCUUCUCAGCAACAAAUACCUCAAUUGAUUAGUGAAGAAGCUAAGGAUAAAAUUAUCCUUGGCAAUGAUGGAAAGUCUCCAUCCAGAAAGGGUUCCAAAGGAAAGUCUUCUCAGAAACCAAUUCAUGUAGAAGAAGAUCAUUCACCAGUGAAAGGGAAGAAAACAAAGGGCAGUGCAAAGGAGAGAGGUAGUGGUGGAGAUCUGGAGGCUGAGGAGGAAGAAACUUGUGAAAAGCUCAUUGAGACAAAUGUCUCCUCUUCAAGGCUGCCUUUGGUGCUUUCUGAGAAAGUUCAACGCACAAAGGCUCUUGUUGAGUGCCAAGGUGACUCCAUAGAUCUCAGUGGUGAUGUGGGAGCUGUAGGCCGGGUUAUAAUUUCAGAUUCUGCAUCCAGAGAUCAGGAAAUGCACUUAGACUUGAAAGGAACUAUAUACAAAACAUCUAUAGUUCCUUGCCGGACAUUUUGUGUGGUUAGCUUUGGACAUUCCGAGGCAAAGAUAGAGGCCAUUAUGAAUGACUUCAUACAGCUGGAGCCACAAUCUAAUGUAUAUGAAGCUGAAACUAUGGUUGAAGGGACACUGGAUGGUUUUGCCUUCGAUUCAGAUGAGGAAGCUGGCAAGAUGCCAAAGGCCACCCAAACUGAUCAAAAUGAGCAUGCUGAGGAAGAAACUCACAGUAAAUCCAAAGGGAAGGGUGACAAGAAAACAGGUGCUGAAAAGAAAAGAGGUAGAAGUACUGGAGGAAAACCACAACCUAAGACAGUAAAGAAAAAAGCUCCAAAAAAAGCUCCAAAUUCUAAGAAGGCAAAGACGUUGUGGAAGAUGAUGCAUAGUUGUAAACCUGUAGGGACAAAAAACAAUCUCAUAUUCACUAGCUUUGCAAGUGAAAGUGCUGGUUCCAUCAUCAAAUGCAUAACUAUAAGCUCUAGGACACGCCUUCUUGAAGAUAGUUGA